CGCACGCGCUCUGCCACGUGACCACACUACUCGUCAUCAUGUCGAGUGCUCUCUUUGAAGAGGCGAAAAGUCUCGUCGUGACGGGCUGCGACACGGAAGCGCAAGGCAAAUACUCGGAGUUCAUAAUCUAUUGCCACAACCUGUUGGACGGCGGAGUGAAACAGAGCGAAAGCGGCAAGGACAUGAGAGAAAUGUUGGCGCUUGCGUACAAUAACCGCGGGCACUUGCGCUACUUGUGCGUCGAUUUCGACGACGCGAUUGACGACUACACGAAGGCGGUUGAGUACAAUGAGAAUUUGGCCGUGGCGUUCUAUAACCGAGGACAGAUCUAUUACAGACUUGGACAGUUUGAGAAGUCAAUUGGUGACCUAUCCAGUGCAGUAGCUCUUGACGAGAACUUCCGGGAUGCAAGAGUUUUUCUUGAACAAUCAAAGAAGAAUUUACAAAAGAAGUAACACGGCAUAUGUAACAGACGAAACGAUAACAGAAAGGAUUUAAUUCAACGGCUGUUGAAAUCAGUUGGAUUUCAUUGUGUUUUAAUGGUCAAAGACGAGGCAGACACAUAGACAUAUUAUGGGUGGAACGAUUGUGUGUCUGUGUAGACAGUUGGGUUUGUAGUCGAUUUCAAUAGAAAAUAUGAUAUGAUGAUAUAGCAAU